AUGACUUCAAGCGUAUGUUUUUCAAUGGCUUUAGCUGAAUAUAGUGAUCAUCUGGCGUCUUUUAAUCAAAUGCACAAUGAAGCUAUGGUGAUUGUGAUACUGAAUAUAGUGGCUGUAAUGUGUGAAAACAGCAAAAUUUAUCGUGCAAACAAGUUUCCAUUACCGAUGAAUUUAUAUAAUUUGGUGGUAGCUAGAUCUUCAUAUGGAAAAUCACCAAUACUUGAUUUAGUGAGAAAAUCCAUUGAUGAAGUAGUUCGUUAUCGACCAUCAAAAUUUAAAUCAGCUUCAAAAGAUGGAGAAGAAUUUGACCAGAUUGUGUAUUUUGAUGAAAACACUGCAGCUGGAUUAGUAAGUAGUCUUAAUGGCUGUACACGUUUUCUUAUUACUGACGAGGCUGAUGUUGUACUAAAGAAAAUGGGUUAUACUUUACCACCACCUGGGUCUCGUGAUUGGUCAACUAAUGACUGCAGAAGUCAAUUAUUAACCUUAUAUGAUAGACCGCAUAAUUUUACGAGACGAUUAAAGCGUGAAAGUAUUCAAGUUUUUGAUGCAAAAUUAAACGUUUUGGGUGCAGUAUCAGGUGAUUUAAUAAUUGCUGCAUUGAUGCGCCAAGCAUCCGGUUCCAUGGCUGAUGCGUUGUUUGAACGCACAAUGAUUUGGCCACUUGAUGGUGAAGUAAUACCUACUGCUUCUUGUGUUAUGGAUAUUGAUACCAGCAAAUAUAUGUCAAUUGAACAAUUUGCUAUCGUCGUUAGUUUUAUUGAGAAUAUUGACUUAUAUUUUGAUAAAGAUGCUAAUGAAAGAAUGAUUGCAUGGUGUGAUGAUCUAAAGAAGAAAAGUGCUGCAGAAAAAAACAACGAUCAUAUGGCAGCUCGUUUCGGUAAAAGUGUGCAAAAUUGUCAUCGAAUUGUUGGUUUUUUGUAUAUUGCUGAAUUAGCCUAUUCAAUUGGUCUCAAAUAUCUUGUAAAAUAUGAUCAUUUUCCAAAUAAUGGCAAAAUUACAAUUGAAUUUGUUGAUCAUAUACAAACUUUAUUUGCUGAAUACCUUAUUGAUGAAAAUAAUCAAUUCAUUCAACAUUAUAUUACAUUUGAUAUGGUGGAACGAUGUCGAGAUGUUAUAACAGAAAACAUUGAACAAUACAAAUUAUUAAUGUAUUUAACACCGGAAGAACGAUUUACAGAAGUAAAACAAUCAUCGUCAGCAUUAACAUCUUUAAAACGUAAACAAGAUAGCGAAAAGCUAUCAAAAAAACAAAAACGUAUUAUUCGAUUACAGCCACGUAUGACCGAGAUUAUGGCACGGGUGCUUCGUUUUCGAUCCAUUAUCUUCACAUCAUCUAAUCUUUAUACCGAUGAAGUUAUAAAACGAUCGGCUAGCAUUCUUGGUUCAGCAUUAGCUAAAUUGAUCGAAUUAGAUCUUCUGCUUAUAGUGAAAAAAGGAUUUUUUAGUUCUAAAUGGACGGCUGUUUAUGUAAAAAGAUUACCUGAUCCAUUUUCAACAGAUGAUCAAAUGGAAUUUGAAUGCAAAUUAGGUGAAUUUGGUAUAUCUGGUCUUAAUCUACAAAGUUUUCGUGAAACCUGUUAUGAACUUCUUAUUGAUGGAAAGGGAAAAGUAUCAGAUGAUCUUAUUAAUGAAUUACAACGACCUGAAUAUAAGGAACUCAAUUUGGACAUGAGCAUUCUUAUUGAACGUUCUAGUAAGUACAUUAUAAUUCAUCUAGAAUAUCUACGUUUACUUAAUAGAAAAUUAUCAAUCUGUCGACAAUGA